AUGUCUCGAUCUUUUGGUUUUCCGAAAGGAAAAACUCAUCAGAUACUGAAUUUAUCAGGAAAAUUCCUCGGUUUUCAAGCUUCAUUCAUUCCCCUUCGUUGCAUUUCUUCAUUAACACGUUCCGAUCAACCAAUAGAUAACAAUUGCACUAUAUUAACACAACUCAAUUCUCCUCGAAACGGUUUUAGAUGGUCAACACACUUCAAUCCUUUUUUGAAAUAUAACUUUCCUGAUCAUUUUCAACGCGAUUAUUACACGAGGGUUAAGAGAGAUGGAUACAAUGAUGAAAGGCGGUCUUCAUAUUCUACCGUGAGACGAGAAUUAAAUGAUUCAGACUAUAAUGCGCGUCACAAAGAUCCUCUCCUAAAAUCUACUAAUAAUUCACUUUCGACGGAACGCGUUCGCAAUGCCGAUUAUUUAAAAACAGAUGAGUCAUUAGAAUAUCAUGAUAAAGAACCGAGGUACAAUUCAGAACAGUUAGAACGCAUCAUUCGUCCUCGUGAGGGAGAAACGGAACGUAAGUAUUUUAGCAAAACGAAGUCCAAAUCUAGGGAAACAAUAAAGUCACCUAUUGUUUUUGACAGCAGGCAAGAUUUGGAUUUUAGUAAAGAUGUCAAGGGAGCUUGGGAAACUAAUAAAAGUCAAAGAUUGACCUCUCGUGGCGAUCACAAUAGUCUUGAAAUUCAACAGGAAAAUGAUUCAUCUCAUCGAGAAGGUCAAUAUGAGAAAGGUAAAUUUGAUCAACACGAAAUUAGCGAUGACCAAUACGUAGAUGAAUCAAAAAGAGUUAAAUCAUCAUCUAAGAGAGCAUUUGAAUACAAGAUGCAUAAACUUUCUAAAAUUAAUGAUACCAGUGGACGUCAGAUAUUCGUUAGUCCAGAUUAUUUUGAUGAUACUAAUUUGGUAGUUAAGAAUGAAGGCACGAAGGAGGUUAGCAAACUCAGCAAACUUCCGUUGUGGAAACGAAUUAAAAAAUAUAGGAUUGGAAGGAUAAAGGAUGAUAAUAAAAAUUUGGAUUUAUUUGAAGCGGAUUUCACCGAAUGGUUGAAAAUGUUACGGCUAAUGAAAUAUGGUAUUUUAUUUAAGAGAAUGAAUAAUGAUCAAAUUCGCAAAUUGACUGAUGAGAAACUGGAGGCCCUGAAAAUAACGUUGGGUGCGCGGAAAAAAAUAUUGAAAGAAUUGGCCAGGAUUAAUGAGACGAAAAAAGCGCAAAAGAAAAAGGAGCAGGAAGAGAAAAAAGAGAGGAAGAAUGCAGAACACAAGAUUACAAAGCAGAAAAAUGAAAUUGGGAAUGAAGAGAAAUUGAAUAAAGUGGGUAGUAUCGCGACAUAA